GCACCCUCCCGUCCCCCAGCUUUGGCCAGUGCUUCUUGCUCUCGCCGGCGCCUGAUACAGGCCGCGCGGGGCUCGCCCACUUGACAGAGCAGCUCAGGGGCCUCGGUGGUAAGCGGCUUCCCGGCAAGAGUCCGGAAUAGGCUAGGGAAGGGUCUUUACUUUGCCGGCGCGAAUGGUGUUAGGCGCGGUCUACGUAGCGCUUGCUGGUGUGCUUUAGCAAGGGCGGUGUAAGGUUGAAAAACCAGGAGGCAAAACGGCGGCAGCGACUAGUCGGCCUGAGGGAAAACAAGACGCUGAAUGCAAGGCCGCCACGUACUGCUAAGAGAGGCUUCCUAUGCGAGCCGAUCUUUCUAGAAAAUAAAAGUGUCCCCUAAAGGUGUAGCCUGGCAAGGGGAGUGUGAAUCGGUCCUGAAGUUAACUCAUUUCUGGAUUUUAUGCUUUUAGCGAAUAAAAAGCUGACGUUCAACAGAACAGCUGCCAGUACUGCUGCCAUGGACUCACUGGUGAAGAUGUAUCAAGACUUCAUGAAGGGAGCAGACCCUCGGAUUGCCACGUAUCCACUGAUGGGCACACCCUGGCUCAUGAUGAGUAUCUUGUUGUUCUAUGCCUACUUUGUAUUUUCACUGGGGCCACGAAUCAUGGCCAACCGGAAGCCUCUGAACCUCAAGACGUUCAUGAUUUUCUAUAACUUCUUCAUGGUAGCACUAUCUAUCUACAUAGUUUAUGAGUUCCUUAUGGCAGGCUGGUUGACGGGUUACUCCUGGAGGUGUGACCUUGUGGAUACUUCCCAGGAUCCCAAGGCCCUUCGAAUGGUCCAUGUGUCCUGGAUCUUUGUCUUCUCUAAGUUCAUUGAACUGACAGAUACAGUAAUAUUUAUCCUAAGAAAGAAGAAUGAGCAAGUGACCUUCCUGCAUGUGUUUCACCACUCAGUACUGCCCUGGAGCUGGUGGUGGGGUGCUUCCUUUGGACCAGGAGGAAUGGGUACAUUCCAUGCUAUGGUGAACUCUAUAGUACAUGUGAUAAUGUACUUCUACUAUGGGCUGUCAGCUGCAGGACCUGCCUUCCAAAAGUACCUGUGGUGGAAAAAGCAUAUCACUGCCAUUCAGCUGAUGCAGUUUGUGCUCGUCUCUAUCCACGUCUCCCAGUACUACUUUAUGUCCACUUGUGACUACCAGUUUCCAAUCUUCAUUCACCUCAUCUGGAUUUAUGGCACCAUCUUCUUUAUCCUCUUCUCCAACUUCUGGUACCACUCUUACAUCAAAGGCAAGCGUCUACCCAAGGUCAUGAAACAGUCUCAACACAACGGCUUCCAUGAGAAUGGUGUCAUUGCUAAUGGGAAAACCAAAGCCAACUAAAGCCAUUUAAAGGGGGUAGGACCAAGAUGACUCAGACCAACUGGCUCCAUAUCUGGGCCUGCUAGCCAGAUCAAGUGCCUACAGACUGUUGUUUUUGCAGUUCCAAGCCACCUUCCCAACUGCCCCGUACCCCUAAUUGCCUGGCCUUCCACUUUCCCAAGGAAAAGAGGCUGUUAGUGCUGGAUCCAGCCCAUGGUGUCCAAAGUGCCUGUGCCUGCCCUGGGGUAGGCUGCCCCCGAAGCUGGACCAAAGCAGAGUUCUGUCCCUUUCUGUAACUGCCAGUUGGGGCACAUCUUUCCAUUUAGUUCUAGAUAUUCCUUGUGUCCGGGUGGGAAUUUGUUCCUUUACCCUCCCUGCUUUUGAGUUGAACACCACUCAUUCCAUCCUCUUUUCUAUAUUGGUGCCCUGCCAUUCGUACUUGAAUGUGAGAGGCCCUUUUGCUCUGGGUUUGACUCUCCAGAGAUAUCUGUUCCUGCUGUAUGCAGGUGGGAUGCUACAGGCCAGGGGUUUCAUUCCUGCUGCCUUGUCUGGCCUCAGUGUUCAUCCCUGCAUGUAACAUUUCCAGCUUUCAGUUGCUCUGAUCCCUGGACUUUAGCAAUAAUGCUCCCCAUGGGUUGAUGACCACAGUUUUUGCUGCACUGAAGCCCAAGGAAAAGAAAUAGGACUCUGUUGUCCUGCUUGUAUGCUGUCGCUGCUUGCCUUUUUUAUUGUUUUAAUUGGAUCUGCUCCAGAGGAGUAGAGGCUGCCUGUGUUGUAAGCCUUGGGGAGUACUCAUCAGAGGGAGGUCCCUCCCUCCUAUCUGAGCUACUCACUUGUACUCACAGAAAUAAAUGGACAGAAAGAGAA